AUGUCUGCCUCCUCCGGUCGAUCGAUCAACCUCCUGCAUGUCGGAAACCUUCGUAAUGAUGAACCCUGCCCACCUUAUGAUUGUAAAGACGCAAUAAGCGUGGAAAGGACUACCUGGACUGACGAUAAUAUAGCUCGAAGGUUUUGGAACUGCAAAAACUCUUUGGUAUUCCUUUUUAAUCAGUCAGCUGAAGGUCCAAAAUGCAAGUUUUUUUGUGCAAAGACAAAGAAAUGGAGCAGGGUUACUACAAAGACCAGCUUCGCAAGAUGAGGUUUGAGCUGAAAAGGAAAGAAGACUUCAGUGAAGUUUUGAACGUUCAAAAGAAGUUGGUUAAGCUGCAGCAAACUAUGGAAGCAGAUAAGCAAAUGUUUGAGACAAAGCUGACGGAGUUGAUGAAGCAAAACAGUCUGUUGAAAGUGUGGGAUCUUUGUUAUGGUCAUUGUAGUCACUGCCAUGUGGUUGAAGUGCCCUUGAAAAGUGCAGCUGAUCAAAUAGGUAUUUAUGGUUAAUGGUAUAUAAUUUCAACCAGUUUUUUGGAAAGUGUAUGGGUGGAUGUAGAAAGUUGUUUGCUUUUUUGGGAAGUGUAUGGAUGUAUGGGUACAUGGUCAUGGUUAGAUCCUAGUUGUAAUGUCUAGUCAGGUUUUUGGUUGAAUGCUUGUUUGAUCAGUAUGUGUAUAGGAUGGCAGUAGA